CACCUAAGCUGCCCUUAAAGCUGGAGCUGAAGCUUCGCUUAGUCAUUCGGUGUUUCAAGACAGCCCACACCAGAAUGCAGCGUCAGAAUGAAAGAGGGCACAAGGAAAUGUCCUUCCAAGGGGAGCAUCUGAAGUUUGGUCAACUUCAAAAAAGGAUUCAGAAUAAGUAUCUAAACAGAUAUCAAUUUGUCCCAAAAUUCCCUCAUCCGGUUGAGUUCUACGUGUCCAGUCUACGGCAUGAUACCAACUUUAGCAGCUUCCAGGCCAUCCUAAAUGAUGGUGGAUUUAAGAAACCUGGAAAUGUCAUCAGAUCCACCCAGAGUCUGGUCUGGUGGAGCCUAGCCAUUUCAGAGGGUGACACUGCAGAUGCUGAGAGGCGUUUCCUUGGUGAUGAUAAAGAUUAUAACUGUAAACCUUUCCUACACAAGUUCACCUCCUCACCAGCCUUCAGGAAGUCCUCUAGGCUGGGGAACUUUAGUUUCACAUUCUCCAUGAGGGAACUGCUGGCCAGCUACAGCACCCAGUUCUGCAUGGGGCAAACACCCCAGAUACGCAUCUAUGAGACGGUCGUCUACAAGCAGGAGGUCAUGCAUUCUAUAGUGGUCCAUGGUCCAGACACCAAAAGAGAGUUCAAGAGAUACCCGCUUCUGCAGGACUCUCGCAAUGGUGUAUGCGAGUUCCAGAAUGACAAAAUAUUGUGGAGACCAGAGGGCAUGAGCAAAACACAUGCCUUUCGGCUGGUUCGACGACAAGAAAUACGGGUGCGCCAUGUGCUUAAGAAGAAGCGGAGGUUCUGCGCGUGGAACCACUUGGCUGUGGCGUUCCAUGUCCCACAGGGUAUGAUCUUUAAGUUUGACAAGGAAACCCUGCUUAAGCACGUGAGUCUCUGUCAGGGAGCAGAGCCUAAACUGAGCAAUGAGGGGUUUAUAAAGUGUGAGUUUGAAGCCUCACCACCCGAGUAACAAGAGUGCUUGAUAUGAGUUAAGCCAGUUACUGAAUUACCAACAUUUCAAAUCAGGAUAAACAGUCUUUGUCAUGUUAAUUCAUAGAACUGUCUAUUUUUGUUAUGUUUAUAGCUCAAGUUGUGCUUGUCUUUUCAACCAUAUGAAAUAAUCCUGCAGGAGAAACAAUACUUUUAGAUUUGUUUGCAAUGUGGAAAAUAAAAUGGU